CUGCGCUGUCUCUCUGCUGUAGUGGAGGCCGAUCCCGGAGUGCUAGCACGAGCAGACAUAGAGCGCGCUGUGCACUCACGUCUACUAGACACAUCAACUUCUGUGCGUGAGGCAGCUGUCGACCUGGUUGGGCGAUUUCUUGGCUGUCGUCCUGAGCUUACAGCUCAGUACUAUCCGAUGCUUGCUGAAAGGAUCCGUGAUAAGGGAGUUUCGGUGCGCAAGCGAGUAAUUCGCAUCCUUCGUGAUAUUUGUAUUGAGCAACCAGACUUUCAGAGGAUCGCUGAGAUUUGCGUUCAGAUGAUUCGUCGUGUGAACGACGAAGAGGGAAUAAAGAAUUUCCCAAUUGUGCUGAUAUUUGAUAUAUAUUAA